UGCUGACUGCUCGAAGGCAUCCAUGCUCACCACCUCUCUCCGAAGCGAUCACUCGGUAUUUGUUGUAACACGUCGAGCCAGUGGAAAGCGGAUCAGGGCGACGCCUUUUCUGAUUCUCCCACAACACGCUCUUCUCUUGCCUCAGUCAGCUCAGCCUGAGAUUGACGAUUGCGAGCUCCUCCAUUGGACAAAGUAAGGCCAUCGAGCAAGCCCCUCCAUCUCAACGCCUCCGAGGGAAUGCCUAUAGAUCUCGGGCGCCUAGCAUCGCAUCUACUCCAGCGCUCGCUCGCUGUUGAUCGCUUGCCUUCGAUCACUAAUCGUGUGACAGCGCGCCAUUCAUCGGCUUUCCAGUCGAUCAUGGCUCCUUCUGUGGGAAACCUUUCGCCAUCUCGCACGCUCAGUGGUAGCGACCAUCCUGCAAAGCGGCAAAAGCUAGGUCUUAGCACUGGCAGCGUCGCGAUCACAACCUCAAAUAUGGGUGCAGUGACUGAAAAGGACCUGGCAGCUCUUGAUGACGACGACCUUGCUAAUUCUUCUUCUACGGAUGGCAAGAAGAAGAAGGACGAAGAGAGGGCAGCAAGAAGCGCCGCUCUAGAGAUUCCGGGUGUGGUGCCGGAGUCGGAAUGGGCAGAUUUGCCAAGCGUGCUGAAUGCGCGACCCAAGCCGCCCAGGGUAGAUUUCAGGACUGGUCUCUUUCUUGCGCCCAUGGUAAGGUCUGGACACUUGCCCACGCGAUUGCUAUCCCUGCAGUACGGCGCUGAUUUGGUUUGGGGACCAGAAAUCGUCGAUCGAGCCAUCAUGGGCUGUGAAAGGGUUGUCAAUGAAACGACUGGCAUCGUAGCCUUCAUCAAGGACGACAAGGAGGUUUUCACCACGCAUCCCAUCGAGAAAGCACGCGUCAUCUUUCAGCUUGGCAGUGCCAAUCCGCAGUGGGCUUACGCAGCGAUCAAGCGUCUAACGGCGCAUAAUGACGUGGCAGGCGUGGACCUCAAUUGCGGGUGUCCAAAGCCAUUCUCUACGAUUGGAGGCAUGGGCGCACAUCUCCUGUCCACACCCGAUCUGCUCUGCGAUGUGCUUCGAGCUAUGCGCAGAGCUGCUCCGCCACACGUCACUGUGAGCUGCAAAAUCAGGCUACUGCCAACCAAGGAGGCGACGCAAGCGCUGGUCAGGCAGAUCAUCAGGACAGGCUGCAUCGAGAAUCUGACCGUACACUGCCGCACCAAGGAGAUGCGACCCAGAGAAGCGGCUCUCCCGAACAGGUUGCAAGAGGUUGCUGAGGUCGUAGCUGAAGAGACGGGAGGCGCGCUGCCUCUUUGCUGUAAUGGAGAUGCUUGGGAUGCCAAGGAAGCUCAAAGCUUGAUGCAACUCACGGGAGUCAAGAGCAUCAUGAUUGCCCGGGGAGCAGAAGCCAAUCCUUCUUGCUUUCACCCUGACGGGGUAAGAAGUAUUACGUCCGAGGUCGCACCACAGAUGGUCCGGUAUGCUGCAGCGGUGGAGAACGCGUUCCCGAACACCAAAUUCUGCCUGUCGCAAUUGGCGUACAAGUCGACCUCUUCUUUCAAUCCCAAAGCCAAGCCCCUCAAGAACAGUCCCAACAAAAGAGAGAUGAUCAACUUUAGGGAGGCACUGGCCAAGUCCAAGAGCGAUGAGGACCUGGCUCUGGUGUUUGGUGUGGACUUGCACCAAGUCAAGAAUACAUCUAUGGAUGACAUUCUCAGGCCUGUCAAAGAAGCGCUGGAGAAGAAGCAGAUCGCAAGACCUGCAGAGGAGCCAGCAAGCACCAUGAAGAGGGACGCGAUCGAUAUAGCGCAUGUCCAAGCGGCGAGCGCGAAAGAAUCCAUCAGGCACACGGAGAACGACACGGAACGCAGCGCCGAGGCUUUGGGUGCUGAAGGAAGCCAUCGGACGCUUGAGCACUCUGCUGCUGCCUGAUGGACAGAAGCCCUUUUGAGCUAAGACGGUCCACACAAAUGUUCAACUUUUGAUUUCGAGUUGUAUCUUCAGAGCCACCACGCCUCCGCGCCAACUACAUCAUUGACAAGUCGGGCAACAGGAGGCUCACAAAUGUGAAUGUAGAAACAUGGCUUCCACUUGCAAGUUGCGAGAAUGAAGGCGCUCCUCUUGGCCAAUUGACUUCGGCAAGAGCCAAGUGCACGAGGGAGACAGCGGCCAGCUCAUGUUCACG